UGCGACUGUUUACAUUGUUCCGCUACAACGAAAUUAGAGCGGGUAUGACAGUCAUUUACUAUGUAAAUUAACGAUUGGGUUUCGUGUCCGUUUUACUGAAAUAGAAAUGAAUAAAUGACAUACAAUUUUCUUUGCUUUAAUGCUAAAAGGAUUCUCAUAUAUGGAGACAGUGUUACUUUUAGAAUUGCAUAGUUUCAGUUAACGUACUGUCAAUUAUAAUCCAGUCUAAACCGAUGCUAAUAUGAAUACCAUAUUGAACCACAAGAAGAAAUUUCUAGCACUGGGUGUGGCUGCAGCAGGAGCAAUAUACAUCAAAUGCAAACACAAGACAGCACAAAGAGUAUGUGGCGUCGACUAUCCAAACGAUACUGUUAUUCUUCACACAUAUGGUCGAAUGAAAUUCAUCCCUAACCUAGAUCCUUUCUCAAUGAAGCUAGAGACGUACCUGAGGAUUAAUCAAAUCCCAUACCAAAUAGAUGAAAAUCAUGAAAAUGGACCUAAGAGUAAAUCAUGCAUACCUUGGAUAGAAUACAAUGGUAAAAGAAUGGCGGAUACGCAGGUCAUUAUAAAGUACUUAUCAGAAUCCUUGAAAAAAGAUCUGAAUAAACAUCUAACUGCGACUGAUAAAGAAAAGUCCUCUGAGAUACAGAAAUUGCUGGAAGAACGCACAUAUUGGGUGAACUAUUACUUACGUUGGUAUGUUUUUUGGGACGACAUAAUCGUAAACUUGUUCGAUUGUCCUGAAAUAAUCAACAAGCUUAUUAGAGGACCAGCGAGAUGGUACGAGAAGAGACUAUUAAAAGAAUCUGAUAUCGGUUGCCAUAGUGACGAGCAGGUUCAAAAUAUGUUGGUAGAAGAUCUGAGGAAGUUUGCCGAUAUGCUUGGGAACAAGAAGUUCGUCAUGGGUGACGAGAUAAGUGAGGUGGAUUGCUCUGCCUUUGGUAUUCUUUCACAUGUGAGAUGGUGUCUACCAGCAGAAUGCCCAGGGCACCAACUGUUGACAGGUAAAACGGUGUUUCUACUCUUUCCAGUGUUUCGGAGUUACAAAAUGCAUUUAUAUAUCGACAGAAUAGAUAAAUAUUUAAACAGAUUUUGAUUUGACUGAAACCUGUAACCUGCAUAACAAUAAAAUUUGUUAUGUAUCUGUAGGCAUGUAAAUUAAAUUAAGUUUGUUGACCUCGACACAAUCGCCCUAAGCCGCUCUAGUUUCGAUCACUGAUCUAUAUGUCAAUGCUGUCAUGUUAGGUGGAUGGUAACUAUACAUU